AACAUUCCUGCUUUGGUUCGAAGCUUUGGAGCCAUGGCGGUCCGUCUCCUCUCAAGAAGCCGACGCACUUUGGUUCGGCUCCCCCUCCACCGCUCCGGUUUUCGCCACGUUUCAGAUGCUCCCUCUGAUCUCUCCGAUGAGCAGAUGGUUAAAGACACGUCGGCGUUCGUUAGAUGGAAUAACGGCGGCGGCCUCUUCCACAGGUCCGCGCGCAUUGAUCCUACUGCGGUGGUGGAAGUUGGAGCUGUUGUGCAUUCCGAUUCCGUGCUCGGAUCGGAUGUUCGCAUUGGAUCUGGAACCGUAGUAGGGCCUUCUGUAUCAAUUGGGCAGUCCACAAAAGUUGGGUACAAUGCUGUGCUGAGUAAUUGCUCCGUGGGCCAGUUUUCUACAAUUCAUAAUGGGGUCUGUGUUGGUCAAGAUGGGUUUGGAUUUUUUAUGAAUGAGGAAGGACACAUAUUGAAGAAGCCCCAAGCACUACAUGUAAGGAUUGGGGACAAUGUGGAGAUAGGUGCCAACACAUGCAUUGAUAGGGGCAGCUGGAGAGACACUGUAAUAGGAGAUCAUACCAAAAUAGAUAAUCUUGUUCAGAUAGGUCAUAAUGUCAUUAUUGGGAAGUGUUGUAUGCUUUGCGGACAAGUUGGGAUUGCUGGUUCUGUGACGUUAGGUGAUUAUGUCACUUUGGGAGGCCGAGUAGCCAUACGAGAUCAUGUGUCCAUCGCUUCUAAGGUUCGACUCGCAGCAAAUAGUUGUGUGACAAAGGAUCUUGCGGAAUCUGGUGAUUACGGUGGUUUUCCUGCAGUCCCUAUCCAUGAGUGGCGCAGACAGUCUGCCAAACUGCGCAGAUUAUGCAAGAACAGUCCGUGAUAGGAUUCCACCAACCAUUGUGCCACUUGAUGUAUUUCAGCUGGAUCUAUAAAUGCAAAACGUGGUGAUAGACAGCUUCAGCCUCAAAGAUCAGAUCCAGAAACCCAUAUGAGACGUCGUCCAUGAAUCUGCCCAACAUUUUAGUUCAUGCAGAUCAUUGUUAUGAAAUUUCAUCUUCAAACCAUGGUUAUGUUGUCAAACAGUUGUAAUCAAGUUACUGUUUAAUUCAUCAGCAUAUGACCACCAUAAAGUUCAGUUCAAUAAUUAAAUACGAUUGUUACAUGACUAAUCGAAGCUUAUUGGGCCUCUCAGUGAUUUAUUGAAGAUUACAU